AUAAAGGAGGAUAAGGAGAGUCCCGAGGAAAAACAAGAAAAGAUUUUACUCGAAAUUCGAUGUUUCAGCUGCAGUUGCUGCAAAUACUAUUGGAGCAACUUGUGAAGCUACCGCUCCGAACACUAAAGCUAACUGUGAAGAUGAAAAUGCACUUUGCCCUGCAGCCAGCGGUGGACGAUGUGUGUGUAAAGAUGGCUACGUCGGCGUUACAGGCGGUGGCUGCAACAUCAUGCCAAACCGAGUAGGUGGUCGCUGUACGACAGAUACAGCAGGCACCCAGGGUACCUGUGGAGACAGGGCCAUGUGUAGCGCCACAACUGGAGUCUGUCAAUGUCCUCAAGGUUACCAGGGCCAACCUGGAGACACUGUGUGCAUGAUCCAAGCAGGAGAGUCGUGUGCCGCCCCUAAUGGUGACAAGUGUGUGUCACAUGCUGAGUGUAGUGCAGGUACAUGCACCUGCAGCAGCGGAUACACCUCUAACUCUGCAGGGUUGUGUGCUGAAAUCCCUCAGGGUAAAGUGAAUGCAGCGUGUGAUGCCACUAAGACAUGUACAGGUACCCAUGUUGUCUGUGAACAAAACGCUUGCAAGUGCACCGCGGGGUUUAGUGCCAAGAAAGGCGAAGACGACUGCGGUGAGUAUUGCCUGAAACUGUAUUUACUCAAAAAAUUUUACAGCCCUUAAAAUUCUAAAUAAAAGAAAAAUGUCGGCUCCCCAAGGCGCUAUUAAAAAUAAAUAAAAAAAAAAAGAAGAAAGAAACAAAACAAAAAGAUUUAAAAAAAGCUUAUUGGGAUAGAUAUACAUUUCUUUUAAACACAAUGAAUGCACAGUUACCGAGCACAAGAUCGAAGCCCUAUGUACACCUUCUGGUGGAGGAAAGGGUGACUGUGAUGAUGCCAACGCCAUUUGUUCAGCAGCUGGGAAGUGUGAGUGCAAAAACGGAUACAGUGGUCUCGUUGGCGGGGAAUGCAGCGAGUUAUCUUUUCAUUCAUUUACCUUCAUUGUUAACAGCAUUUCGUUCAUUUAUGCAGUGCCUUACCUUUAAUGUGUCAUUUAAUAAUGCAUUCCUUGGCAGUAGCUUGCUCUAAAAAAGUAAGUAAUUUUGCGAUUAGUUUUUUACAUGCGCACAACAUUUAUACAAGUCCUUACGUACAUCAGUUAAUU